AUGAAACUCAACACAUUUAUUCUCGCGCUGACUCUUGCCGCAUCAGUCCAGGUCUACGCAGAGGAGGUCACCCUCGGAGUGUGGCACAAACUGAGCGACCAUGAGUCGUUCGAGAAGCGUGGCGAGAUCCGCUUCGACGCCGACCAAUGGCACGUCCUCAACCAGCAGCGUGUCCAACACUCUGGCCCAAAUGCCGCCUUCAACGCCGCCACGGCCGCCAACUCCAAGGCUUCUCGACUCCAACAACAACAAGCGGCCAAGCAGAAGCAACAGAAUGAACUCCAGCUCCAGAACUUCCCUAUCACUUAUGAGAACAUUGUCCCCACGGCCCCCUCGGCGAUCGCGACCCUCGCCGACGACUUUGUCCUCAACGUUCGCGCCCCCGUCAAGCACUACGAACGUGAUCCCAAGCCCGAAGGACCUCAUACCUACGAGGACGGCGUUACAGAGACCCAAGAGGAAUUCGAUCAGCGACUUGAGGAAUGGACUAUGCUUCAGGAGGAACUCGACGAGGCCCCCGAGAAGACCCCUGGAACCGUUGCAUUCUACCAGAUCAUGUUGAAGGAUGAGAGCCGAGGCUGGGAGGCCUUGUCCUCGAUCAAAUCUUGCUUGUUGGUUGCCUCGGAUUUCCAGGAGAGGAUCGCACUUCACUUGGAUCAUGAUCGCAAGGUGUUUGCCUUUGACUACUACACCACCAGCGACCAGUGCAGCGAGGAGAGCGAGAAGGAGUACCCCAUCAGGUCUCUUGAUGUCUUCAAGAACGUCGAGGUUACUAUCGACGGCCCCCAGACCGCACCCAAGUCUAUCUUCCACAAGGCUCAGGCCAUCAAGGUCGAUGAGACCGGCAAGCCUGAGGCCGAGAAGACCUUCUUCCAGAAGUACUGGGUGUACAUCAUGCCCAUCGUUAUUAUCUUCCUGUUCACUGGUGGUGAGCCCGAGAAGAAGGCAGAAUAA